GGACAAUCCGGCGAGAGGCCUUACUCAUGCCAUCAUUGCGGGAAGAGAUUUGCCAGCAAACAAGCCGUCAACAGCCAUAUGCAGUUCCACAAACCGUAUCAUUGCCCAAAGUGUAAUAAGGGAUACUAUGCAAAGGAAGAGUUGGCAGAACACAUGGACACUCACAAUUCGGCGCAUGCUCCGAAGAUAAUGUACCAUUGUACCUACAUGGACUGCGAUAAGGAGUUUCCCACCCACCAAGGUCUUAGUAGGCAUAUGCAAGGACAUCCUCAAGAAAAGCCAUUUGAAUGUUCAGAAUGCCAUAAGGGCUUCGGUACUCAGAUCUAUCUAAAUGCUCAUAUGAAAUUACAUAGUAGAGAAGCUAAAUUUCAUUGCGCUGAGUGCGGCGAAGGUUUUUUUUCGAGAGGGUCACUUUGCUAGGCAUAUGGCUAAACACAAGGGACAGAAGCUCUUUCAGUGUCCUGUUUGUCAUAAAGAGUAUAUUUCAAAGGGUCAGUUUGAUCUUCACAUGAAAACACACAUUAAAAAUGGGGAACUGAAUUACGAAUGUUCCCAAUGUGGUAAGUCAUAUCCGUAUGAGGAUUUAACUGAACUUGGAAGUGAGGGGCCGCAUCAGUGUAUUGAGUGUGAUAAAGGGAUUCUCAAAGUCCAACAUAUUUCCUCCUACAAGAAAGUAAAUGUUUUUCGAUGUCCUCACUGCUAUGAAAGGUUUUUGAAGGUCGUGGAUCUAACGAAACAUGUCGUCGAGGUUCACCCUGAAAGCGAAUGCCAUCCGUGCCCCGAGUGUGAUAAGACGUUCCCACUGAAACUAAAGCUGGCAGUCCACAUGCAAGUCCACAGAAAAGAGAAACAGGACUGUCCUUUAUGCGGCAUGGUGCUAGGUUCCAAACGGGCUCUCAAGGGUCACUUACGCAUGCACCAGGGAGAACGGAAGUACAAAUGCUCCCUGUGUGACAAGACUUACCUUCAUUUACAGUCUCUAAAAAACCAUGUCGUUACACAUAAUGGAAUGAAGCAGUUUAAGUGCGCUCUUUGCGACAAAGCCUUUUCACAUGAGAGUACUCUGAGGCACCAUGAGAAGAAGCAUACAGCCGUUAGACCUCGAAGAAGGAUACAGAAACCGAAACCAUCUCUGUUCCAGGAGACGAGAGAAGUUAGUGAAGAACAAGAUACUUUUCCUGGGAAAGACCUCCAGGAGAGGCAGGAGCACCACGUACAUGAACCUGGUGAGAGUAACCCUAUUUUAAAAGUAUGUCAGGUGAGAAUGACGGCCCCACAUCGGUCUCAAAGAAUCUGCAGAGUGUUCUCAAAGAAACUUCCUCUGUGUCUCUGUGCGAAAGAGAUGAACCGAACAGUGGUAGGUUAGAAUAUGAUGGGAACCCUUCAUUUCAGAAAGAGGGUUUACAGACAGAUGACACCAUACCUCUUACAGGUCAUCCUGGUGAGGGACCCCAUUCCUGCCAUAAAUGUGGGAAGAGAUU